GCUCGACUACCAUGAUGAAUAGAUUACAGCUACUCAGACGCACUUACAAUCAAUACCAAAUAAACGCUUUCUUUGUUCCAUCAGAGGAUGCUCACAUGAGUGAAUAUAUCGCAGACACAGACAAGCGUAGAGAGUGGAUUUCUAAUUUCUCUGGUUCUGCCGGUCACGCUUUGAUUACCGAAAAGGAGGCUCUCCUCAGUACCGAUGGUAGAUACUACUUGCAGGCUUCUCAAGAGCUUGACAAUGCAAACUGGAAGCUUCUCAAAGCAGGUCAGCCAAAUGUCCCAAGUUGGUAUGAAUACAUUCUACAAAACUACCAAGCUCCCUUUAAGGUUGGUAUCGAUCCUAAACUUAUCGCUUUCUCAGAAGUACGUAAAAUCCAAGACAAAUUAAAGUCAAAAUCAGGUUUCGAUCUGGUUCCGCUCUCAAACAACCCAAUUGACGACAUCGCCGAUUUACCUCCAUACCCAGAUAAUGAAGUCUACGUCCAACCUAUGAAAUUCGCUGGUAAGACCGUCACUCAGAAGUUAUCAGAACUUCGUAAUUACCUCACCGAGAAAGAUUGUCAUUCCUUUAUCGUUACCAUGUUGGACGAAACUGCAUGGCUUUUCAACUUACGUGGUACUGAUAUUGUCUAUAAUCCACUUUUCUUCUCUUACGCUGUUGUCACUCAAGAGUCAACAACGCUCUUUGUUAACAGCGCGCGUAUGACUUCAGAGGCACAUAAGGAAAUGGAAAAUGCUAAUGUAAACCUCAAGCCAUAUGAGGAAUUCUACCCAUCACUCAAGCAACUCAGCCUUGAUGCAGAGAAUGAAAACAAGAAAAUUCUCGUUUCAGAUAAGGCAAAUUGGGAGGUCGUUCGCUCAAUCGGUGAGAAGCAGAUUGACGUAGUGAGAUCACCAAUCGGUGAUGCAAAAGCUAUAAAGAAUGAAGUUGAAUUGCAAGGUACGAGAGAAGCUCACGCAAGAGACGGUAUCGCAUUGACUCAAUACUUUGGCUGGUUGGAAGAGACACUCAAGGAAAAUAAAGCACCAUUGAAGGAAUAUGAUGCCGCGUUGAAGCUUGAAGAAUACAGAUCAAAAUUGGACAACUUCAAAGGUCUCUCCUUCAACACUAUUUCUGCAACGGGUGCAAAUGGCGCUAUUAUUCACUAUAGUCCUAGUACAACUGACUCGUCUGUCAUUGAUAUAGAAAAGGUAUACCUUUGCGACUCUGGUGCUCAAUUCUUGGAUGGUACAACCGACGUAACACGUACAUACUUCUUUGGCUCACAGCCUCCAAGUGAUAAGCUUAAGAGAGCAUUCACAAGGGUUUUACAGGGCCAUAUAGCCUUAGCGACAGCUGUUAUACCUACUGACAAAGUUCCUGGACCAUUCAUUGAUUCCUUCGCUCGUUUACCCCUUUGGAAGGAAGGUCUCGAGUACAAUCACGGUACUGGACAUGGUAUUGGAAGCCACAUUGGUGCUCAUGAGGGUCCACACACUAUCUCACCUAGAUGGAACGAUGUCACUCUAAAGAAUGGAUACCUUGUAUCAAAUGAACCGGGAUACUACGAAGAGGGCCAAUUUGGUAUUAGAACAGAGACUAUCGUUGCUAUAGUCCCUCACAAGACCCCAUACAAUUACAACGGCACACAGUUUUCGACCUUUGAGACAUUGACAAUGUGUCCACUUGGAACAAACUUGAUUGAAGCUGAAUUACUUUCACAAAGUGAGAAAGAUUGGCUUAACACAUACCACGAGCGUUGUGUAUCUGUAUUGAAGCCAGAAUUGGAGAAGAGGGGUGACACUAGAGCUAUUGCAUGGUUGGAGAAGAACUCGCGCUCCGUAUAAUUUUAGUAAAAGAUGUUCUAUGCGCUUAUAUGAAUGUUUUUCUUUCUAUUCGUCUAUACCAGUCGUUCUGUGCUUGUGUGUGUGCUCUUUGAUUGAGUUUUGUUUUCCGUUGGGUCUGACACGCCUGUGAAUCCUAGAUUGUCGAAGUUGUCGUUUUCCAUUAAGCCAUUCUGCAUCCUGCAUUUCAGAUACGACUUCGAGAGUUCCCUACAUGCACCAUUAUUGUUCCUGUUUGACUUUAAACAUUUCAGAUAUUCUUUCAUCGGUUUCGUACAGUCACCAUCGUGAUCAAGUGGAAAUGAACCCCUGGCUGGUGGCGUUAUAGAGAAUAUAUUGUUAGAAGUAGAAGGGUUCCCAAAUCCCAUAAUGUGUUGCUUGUAAGAGUAC